AAAUGCCGUUGCCUUCUCACUUUGUUGGUAUAUGAUUCCGGAAAACUCAAAGUGAAAAUCAUGGAGAAGAUCUUUCCUUCGUCUUCUUUGAUUCUGCUCGUUUGCCUCGCUUUUCUUCUGAUCUCGAUUUUUCACGGAUCCGUCCAGCUCGCCGAAGCAGGCCAGCGACGGAUCGAGAUCCCCGACGAUCUAGACGACGUCGAAGACAAUGAAGAAGACGAAUCAUGGAAGGAUUGGGGUAAGAAAGCCUCGACGCCGGAAUUCGAUCCGCCUCCGGAUUUCUCCAACAUGGGAUUCGAACAGAUCCAAGCGGAAAUGGCUAAACGAACUUUCGGACCUGUCGUCGGAUUCGUCAAGCUCCGGUUAGGCGUCCGCCGUACUAAGGAUAUGGUGGUGGAGAUUGCUAUGAAAUGGACAAAAGUUCUGAGAACAGGAGGGGUCGGAGUAAGAUUCAUGGCCGUAGAUCGAAGCACGGUGAUGUUCAAUAUGCAAAGUGGCAAGGAAGUGAAUGAGCUAAGGGAGUUCGUGCUGAGCCAGGAAGAGGCUUAUGAGCUAAAGAUAGGGAAACAAGAGUUUCGAAGACCUGGAGAUCCUCCACUUGAAGACGUCGUUGCCAAACUUCAAGCUGAGCAAAGCAAGGAUGGUGACAGUAUCAAGAAUGAUCUUACCAAGGAUGAAUUAUAA